UGUACAUUUUUGUUGUCAGCUUGUUCACAGGCUCUGGAAUUUUCCUCAUCUUUGCAUUUUAAGUCCCUGGCGGUUGGUCAGGACGUUACUCUGAAAUGUUUCAGCAAACACAGUCAGACUGCGAUCUUUUACUGGUACAAACAAACUCUGGGACAGAGACCAAGACUCUUGUCUGAAUUCCAUAAGCACAGGAGUGAAGGAAGUUUGAAAAAUGACUUUGAGAAUGAUCAAAGGUUCCAGCUAGAGAUCGGGGAUGGUAAAAACCACCUGAAGAUCUCAAAUGCACAGACAUCAGACUCAGGUACUUAUUACUGUGUUGGUGUAUAUUCAUAUAUUUAUGAAUUUUAUGAGGGCUAUAGUGUCCUUGUGGAGGACUCUUCUUCUUACAUCCAGACUUCAGUAGAUCAGUCGUCUUCUGAGAACAUCCAUCCAGGAGACUCUGUGACUCUGAACUGUACAGUACACACUGGGAGCUGUGAUGGAGAACACAGAGUUUACUGGUUCAAAGACUCUGAAGACUCUCAUCCAGGACUCAUUUACACUCAUGGAGGCAGGAAUGAUCAGUGUGAGAGAAAGAAGAACACACAAACAAACAGUUGUGUCUACAAUCUCCACAUGAAGAACCUGACUGAGUCUCAUUCUGGGAUCUACUACUGUGCUGCUGUCUCAUGUGGACACAUACUGUUUGGAAACGGGACCAAACUGGACCUCACAGCAAAAGAAGGGAUUUUUCCUCCAUUUGUGUAUUUCCUGGGUGGAGCUCUGACAGCUUCACUGAUCUUUCUGAUAUUUUACACAAUACACAAGACAAAGAGCUGCAAGGAGGACGGAUCAGAAACUCCUUCCUUAACAAGAACAAAGAAGGAUGAAGAUCACUUUUACUCUGCUUUAAGGGGAAACGAGAUGAGCGGAUCAGGAAUGGAGAUGAAGGAGACCUGGAGUCAGUGUGUAUAUUUCAGAACAAAGCAGCAAAGCCUUUGACUUUGUUUUGUGUGAGUCAGCAGCACAUGGAAAAAUGUUUUUCUGUUAAUAUUGAUAUUUUUUAUAUAGUAAUAAUUUUAUCUUUUAUAAAAGCCUUAUAGUUUUUCAAAAUUGACUUUUGUAAUGAGUUUUACGAUCAUUAAAACAUCUGCUUGCCUAAAGAUUAAACAUUUUUCUGUACCAUUUUUUUUAAUUUUUAUAAUUUUUAUUUUUCUGUUGUAACUCACAUAAGAAACCUUUAUGCACUGUAGCUUCUGGCAAAAUAAAGAAGUUUGUCUCGGAUUUCUUUCUUUUGUGUCUGUAGUUGAAAUAUAUACAGAGUGCUCAGCAUAAAUGAGUACACCCCUCUACAUUUUUCAGGAAACCUUUGAUGUGCUUUC